UAAAGCAACACCUCCACACUUCCCUUCCCCCCUCCCUCCUGCUCGCCGCCGCCGUGGUCAGGGCGCACACACAGGAAGAUAGCGGAGGGGGGAAGGGAGCGGGAGGAACACUUGGGAGCAUGCGCACUGCAGCAGGGAUGAUUCUAGCACUGCGAUGGAAUCCCCAGGUUUCAGCACACCGGCCCUGAACAGGCAGGCCCCUGGGCAAUGGCCGAACCUGCUGCACUGCCCAGGCCUGCCUGAGCUUCAGCCACUUGGAAUCAGAAUGUCCUGAGUUGGAAGGGACCCACAAGGAUCAUCGAGUCCAACUCCUGCCCCUGCAUAUGACAACCCCACAGUUCACACCAUGUGUCUGAGGGCAUUGUCAGUCUUUUCUUGAAUGCUGUCAGGCUUGGGGCCGUGACACCUCCCUGGGGAGCCUGUUCCAGUGCUCCAGCACCCUCUGGGUGAAGAACCUUUUCCUGAUGUCCAACCUGAACCUGCCCUGGCACAUCUUCCUGCCAUUCCCUCAAGUUCUGUCAUUGGCCACUAAAGUGAAGAGAUCAGCACCUGCCCCUCAACCUCCUCUUGUGAGGAAGCUGUAGACCCCAAUGAGGUCUCCCCAGUCUCCCCCAGGUAGACCUCUUCUAACAGACUUCUUACUUGGACUGUACAUGCUUUUAAAUAUCAGUGCUAUGGUAGUAGCCAUGUACAGUACCAUACUGAAAUUUCUUCAUGGAUGGUAUAGCAUCACUAUAUAAGCUUACAGUACAACCCUGAGCAUUUGAUACAGAAAUUCAGGUGCAUCCUGAUGGUGUGGGUGGUGGGUUAUAUUUAUCUAACCAUCUAAAAGUAAAGUGGAAUAAUUUCCAGUGAACACUUCGUACAGACGGUGGGAUUGGAUUAGUUUCAACCCAUCUCUUGCUUUUUACUACAGGGGAAGCCUAACAAAGUCUAGACACCUAGUUAUUAAAUACCUACAUUUACACAAAAAAGUGUUAUCAUUGGACAUGCUUCCCAGCCACUGAUUAUUAAUAUCUGUUACUGGAAAAAAUCCAUGAUACUUUUCUUUACACAUUACAGCCCAACAAAGAAUGUAUACAGCAGCUCAUGUAAACACACUUAUAUUGAUAUUUUAACAAAGAGGAAUACUUAAGUAAGCUCUAUGGCUAGUGUGAACAGUUGUAUAGGAUGAAAGUGCAAACAUUGCAGUGUAUCAAGAUUGAGUGGGUUUCCCUGUGUAGUUUGGUUUGCCAUUAGCUCACUACUAUGUGGGGUCUCUUUCUUGAUCAGUAGUAAAAGAAGAGUGAUAUACCUGCCAGAAAAACACCUGUAAUAGGUCCUUAAGUCUUUUAUUAAAAGGCAGAUGUAUAGUAAGCUUGGCAGAGUACCAGGGAAAAAGGAUAUUGCCAAGGUAGUAGGUUGUCCCCUGCACCUAUGUGCAGACUAAUUUUCUAAGUGAAAGCUUGUGAAUACAUCAUGGGAUCCAGUGCGGCAGAUGGCAAACUGAUUUCUAACUAAUGGGACUUACAGAAACCCGUCAAUAGCUGUUGAACUCUUUUCAGAAGCGCUACUUUAAAAUGUCAUAUUUCCCACAAAAGGUGAGGUAAAGAAGAGGUGAAAAAAAGGAAGAUUAUAAAUAAAGUUUUUCAGUCAUUAAAUACAGUCUGUCUCGACAUAUCCUAAGGAAGACUAGCUAUGACUGCUUUUUUUCUAGAAUCUCUCUUCAGGUUUUGCUUUGUUCCUCUGCUUCUUUAUCCUUGCUGAAUGUCAGCAGCAGUAAACUUCUUUAUAGACACCACAAAGAAUAUUUAUUGAAACUUUGCAAGACAAAUUAGAUUCUAAUUUUUGCUGUGUCUUCUCCCAUUAAAGGAUUUAGGAUGAUGCAGAGAUAAGUCAAUAUCAUGCUUGAAACACUGUGUAGUUAAUUGAAAAGGAACUAAACAAAUAUUUUAAAAUCUGACAUUGUUUAAACAGUUGGGCUUCUUUCUAGUCCAUCUAAUCAGUGAGUGGAUCAUAGGAAAGACUGUGUGAGUACACACAGGAAAUUCUUACAAGAUGGAAAUUGAGACUCCUUACCCAAGUACAUUGAAAUUAAGUUCGUUACAUGUAGGAUGUAAUACAUAUCCAUUUUAGGCCACAAAAGUAUGCUUCCGUUAUUUUUCUGUAUUGUUUUUUGUCUUAAAUCUAGAGAAACAACAGUGAUUGAAGAUGUCAGCCAUGAUAAGCAUUCGAUAGCUGACAGUGAAAAACUUGACACUGAAGGCUAAAAUAACUUUGGAAGUCAGAAAAUUAAAAGGGAAAAUCCUAAAUGCUAGGAGAACUGGAAAUGAUCAGCUGAAGUUUCAGGAUCAGCUGUAGCUGUUUUAUUGCACUCUCUUGACCGCACUUUACUGUCAAAGAGAACUCGGUAGUUGGCACUCAAAGGAAAUGUUGUCAUUCCCUGUUGACUGUAAAAACUGCAGUACUGUGUCGUUUUAUUUAGAUGAUGAUACGACCUUUCAGUGUACUCCAUGUACCUGGGGGAUCUCAGGCUUGUCUUACAAAUGUGUCUGAGUUAUUUUAAUCAUUUAUCUUUGCCCUAUAUUCAACGGUUGAGUCCCUGGAUAAUGCCAUCAAAGUGAUUGUGACCAGGUAUUGAGUACACAGCUGGAUGUGAGGCAGGAGACGCUGACAUAUGAGACCUGGAGAUAAUCACAUAGAGUGUGGCAAUUUAUCCUCUCAGCCAGAGGGAGAAGUUGGAUGUGUUACAGAAAACCUGGGGAGUGAAUAUUUAUGAUGUGCUUCAGAAAACUCUUACCCUUACCUACUGAAAAAGAAAGAAGUUUGGCUGAAAACUACCUGUUGUUGUGUGACCAGCUGUGUUACUGAGUUCUGCCCCGGUAAUGCUCGUGUCAGUGUGCUGUUCCCCAAACGUCAGUUUUUGUUGGAUUUGUAGGAAUGUUGUCAUUAUCUCUGCUCUUGCCUCCUCUUACUCUGGCAACAACACACCAAAAUGAAAAGCAUGCUUUGCAUAAAUCUCCAAAGCAUUUCACUGAAAGUCUAGAAACAUUGAUUUGAGGUAGGCAGAAAGCACACGUGAGAAAGUAAUAAUCUCAGUAGGGUUUUCUGAAAUCAGUCAGCUUUGUGGUGAGUAAAAAAUCCUUAUUAUUAAUAAUCUGCUGCUUGGGAGAUUUUGUAAAUGCCUCUAUUGUGCUAGAAAUUAACGUACUUUAGGAUGAACAGCGAAACCAAAUCAGUUGCAUCUGUACUUCAAGCUGCCAUUUAGUGUAACAUUUAUUUGUUCUAGAAAUAGUAAUCCAAAUCCAGCUGUAAAUAAAGACUUGGAAGAUUGCUGGAUAUCAAAAAAUGGGUAUGCAUUCACAAAGAAGGAGAUUCAGGGAAGGCAUUGAAAUAAAACAGGAAAUAAGAUAUUUAGUUGUUUAAAACAUUUGUCACAAUUAAUUUCCAGUUCAUGAAUACAGGUAAAUAAAUACUUUGAAUUAUUAUGAAUUAUUCAUAAUAAAUGGUAAAUGUAUACUUGAACUUAAAUACAUAGUACAAUUUCUAAAGUGAAUAUAUGCCAUUUAAAAUGCAUGCAAAAUUUUAUAAAUAGAGGUGAUGUUCAUGUAUAACUAAAAUUUUUGUACUCUGUAGGACUUGAUGUUUUUUGGAAGUGAAGGUAUAUAAUGAGUGCUGCAUUGAUUUGCAGAAGAUGGAAGAAUUGUCUUAUGGUUAAAAGCUCUUCUGGAGCUGUGGAUUCUGUCACUGACCAUGCUCCAUAGUUUCUGCAUAGUGACGGACACUUACUUAAACUGAAUCAUUGGAAAAAAAAAUUAAAAUAACAGCCAAUGCACAUGCCUAGUUUAACUACAGAUGUCUACCUGAUGCCAUAUUACAUAAACUUAAUUUUUAAGACUAAUUUAUUUGGUACUUGAGUGAAAAUCCAGCUGCUCAGGACUGAUCUGAACCACUGUGUCUUUCAAGUUGCACCCUGUAAAACCAUGAGUUCUGUUCACUGCCUUAUGGAGCUUUGACCUUCAGGAAAAAGCUGGCAAAAAGUAAGAACUUUGCAGGUACUAGUUUGGGCAUUUAACAACCCUUAAAAGUAUAUGCUGAGCUGCUUUUUCUAUUACUUUACCACUCUCUGCCCAUUUUUCUCAACAUCUCUUAGAAAGAACAAAUACGUUAUUCUUGGAGCAGAUGUCUAUGGCAGUGACAUAUCCACAUCUGAUUGAAGAGAAGCUCCUUUUCCAUAUUUUGAACAGAAAAUAUACAACGGAUUGUUAAAUAUGUAGAAAAAUCAGUGGCCACACCUGAAGAGGUGGUGGGACCUUUCAUCCUUCAUCUUUCUGUUCCCCAUACAGACAAGAGGAAUGAUGAUACAGCCCCUUCCCCUUGCAGCAGAGUCCAAAGAUUAAUACCUUCUCAGGAAAUGCUUGGCUACUGCUGUAACAAUGAGCGCUUGAGAAAAGCUGGGAAUAAACUGGUCAUUUUCUUUCUAGGGCAGUGUUUAAUGAGUGAAGUAUAAACAAGCUCCACUAUACUUGGUGACUGAUGGGGAUUUGGUAAAAUAUGAUGGUGUUCGCUGGUGGUCACUCUCAUUUUUAUGUAUCGACGGUGGAAAAAUAGUGCCAGACUGUUCAACUAAUGCCUGUGUCACUGUCAAUAACAUAAAGACGGCUGACAUGUUUCUUCGUGCUGCUAUGUCCUUCCCCUUCCCCCAGGUCUGAUGCCAAGGUCACAUUUACCCACCUCUCACAGUUGUCUCUGAAGACAUACAUAAAAAAUUUGAAAUCUGUCAAUGAAAAUCAAACAAGAAAAGAGCAUUUACUCUGCACUAUUUGUUAUGGCAGUUUCUUUAAAAAUACCCCCAUAAAUUUCUGAAGUACAUAUUAAACCAACAUGUACAUGAUUUGCCAGUGCUUCUUGAAGUGUUUGGUUAAUCAUCUUCACACACAAGGCAUCAGAACCCAAAGUAUGCUCUCUUUUCUGAAUGAUUAAGCCAGGCUUCCCAUAGCAUUUCACUAGCAAUUAGGGAGGGCUGUGACAGUCUGGUAACAACGAAGUGAGACAGAAAUACAUGUAGUCCUCCGAAGUCAUAUAAUCUGCUGUGAAAAAAACCAACCAAACAAACAAAAACCCAAAAAACCAACACAGAACAAAAUGGGAAAACAAGAGAGCGACAGUCCUAAAGAUGUGAAAAGGAAACAAAAGGCCAAGAUGCAACUCAAAAGAAGUAUAGGUUAUUUCGAUGGGGUAAGUUUUAUUAUAGGAACGAUUGUUGGGGCAGGGAUCUUUGUGUCUCCCACGGGGGUGCUAAAGCAUUCCUUACUCAACGUCGGGGUCGCACUGAUGAUCUGGAUUGCAUCUGGACUGGUGUCUCUGAUGGGUUCCCUCUGCUAUGCGGAGCUGGGGACGGCGCUGCCCUUCUCCGGAGGAGAAUACAACCACAUCAAAAGAGGCCUUGGAUCCCUACCUGCCUUUAUGUUUAUCUGGACGUCAACGUUUACCAAGCCGGCGUCAAAUGCUGCUCGAGCCUUGCUGUUUGCUGAAUACGCCACCCAGCCCUUCUACGGCGUCUGCCCUGCACCAGACACGCUGAAGAAAUGCUUGGCCUUGGCUGUUCUCUGGUCUCUGGGGAUUUUGAAUGGCCGCAGUGUCAGAUUGGCUGCCUGGGUGCAGACAGUCUUCACCCUGCUGAAGAUGAUGGCCUUGUCUGUGAUCGCUGUCGGUGGCAUCGUCCUCCUCGUUGGAGGGAGGAAGGAGAGCCUGGCCAGGUUUGAGGACAUGUUCAGCUCGGAGAUCCCCAACUCGUCGCAGGUUGCCGAAGCCUUCUUCCAAGGGCUGUAUGCAUACGGUGGUUGGUGGUCCCUCAAUUAUAUGGCAGAAGAGAUGAAAAACCCUAGCAGAAAUAUCCCCUUAACUGUGAUGACUGCUCUUCCUGCAGUGAUUGUUUUUUAUUUACUGGUGAACAUCUCAUAUCUGACUGUCCUCACACCUAAGGAAAUUGUAUCUUCAGUUGCUGUGGCAGUCACUUGGGCUGAUCGAGUGAUCCCCUCGGUUGCCUGGAUCAUUCCUCUCUCUGUUGCCGUCUCAAUAUUUGGUGCCCUCAACAGCAGCAUGUUCACACUAGGUCGAUUAAGCUAUGCUGGAAGUCAGUCGGGACAUCUACCUGUUUUAAUAUCCAUGCUUAAUGUCCACUCCUGUACUCCAGCACCAGCCAUGAUUUUUUCAACCAUGAUUGCAUCCAUUUUUAUAAUCCCCUCUGACCUUAUUAUGUUAACAAAUUACUUUGGAUUUUCUGCCUGGCUUAUGAUUGGAUUGACUUGUACAAGCCUGAUUGUACUUCGAUACCGGGAACCUCAUCUACAUCGACCAUACAAAGUGUUUCUACCAGUUCCAUUUGUGAUGGUGGCAAUGUCUUUCUUCCUGGUUGUAGCUCCUAUAGUCUGGUCUCCAAACAUGCAGUAUGUUUAUUCUUUCCUGUUUAUGCUGGGAAGUCUUCUUGUUUAUUUCCCUUUUGUGUAUUUUAAACUGCGUUUUGCAUUUCUUGAUAAAAUUACUUGCCAGUUACAGCUGCUGUUGGAAGUUUCUCCUGCCGAUGGAUCUGCUGAGAGCAAAUGUGAAUAAUGGCAAAUGUUUAAUCCCAGUGCAACUAAGAACUGCCAAGGAUUUUCUUUAACCGUAAUUGUAGAAGGCACAAGUUGGAUCUUAGGUGUAAUAUACAGAUGUGCAUGCAUGUGUGUAUAUAUAUAAUAUAUACAUGUAUACAUGAGCAUACAUAUAUUGCAUACGUAUAUACAUGUGUAUAUAUAUACAUGCAUAUACAUGUAUGCACAUAUCUGCAUAUAUACUUAUAUGCAUAUGUAUGUAUAGACAUUAGCUUCAGGAGAUAAUAUGUAUAUAUUUUUGUGUGUCUGUGUGUAUACAUAUUUAAUAGGUGAAUCUAAAAUAGGAAUCUCUCUUGAACUGGUAAAAUCUGUAAAAUGCUCUCUCUUGCUCCUGAAGACACAGCUAAAGCUGCAUAUACGCUCACAUUAAUAGAAAUAAGACUAAAUUGUAGCACCAAUACUUAUUAAUGUUUUCAUAUAAUAAAUGAGUAAAUGCAUACUUAUCAACAUCUUUGUACAACUUAUUUUUGGUCUCCAUAUUAAGCUAUCUGGAUUAAUUAUAGUUCAUAGUAGCUGGCUAUAGAGGCUUUAUACUUCUGUUCGUUGGCUACUUUUUUUGUCUGAAUUUAUUUUUAAUAAAAACAUUUGAAAGACAUUAUAAAAUUGACUGAGACCUUUUUUAAUCCCAAGAAAACUGUGCAUGGUGUGCCUUAGCUAUUUUAGAUCAACACAUAUGAAUGCAGAGUGUAAUCUUGCUAAGCAAAAAGUAAAGCAAUAAGAAUUAUUUAUAUUAUUUGUUAUAGUGAUAAAACUCAGGAUAUCUAGAUUACUCUUUUUUUUUUUUUUUUUUUUUU